AUACAAAAUAAUAAAAUUAUUGUUUUUUUUUCAAAUGUUAUCUACAUUACGAAAUGUUUUUUAGUAAAUAAUUAGCAACCUGUUUAAUUAGGUUCUGUAAUAUUAACUUAUGCAUAAAAAUAGCUUUCUUACGCUAUGCUGUCAUCUUUAAUAUUUAUAAUACAUAAUAAUAUUUCACUUUAAAGUAUGAUAUUAUGAUUAAAAUUAUUUAUGAUUAUUGUUAAUAUAUGUAGCAUAAUUCUCUUUGGGAAAAUUCGGGAGAUCCAUAUGUCCGUUGCUCCCAUUGUUCAUCAGUACUUACAAGUAUUUAAAAAAUGUAUAAAGACAAAAAUAUGAUAUAUAGACAAAAUAUAUAAGUGUGAAAUAUGAAAUUAGAUAUUAUAUUGGGUGUUGUUUUCGACAAUGCAUAGCUUUCACAGAAAAUAUUCAUUAUUAAAUAAAUGAUACUAACGGUCAAAGAAGAAAUCGGCAGAUACGCAGAAAAAUACAAGGAAAGGCUAGUAAUUUUAUUUAUUUAAAGACAGAUUAAGGAUCAUUAAAUUGUUUUCUCUUAUCAUCUCGCAUUAUUUGGAAAAUAAUUAUCGUUCAACUUGUAGAGAUUGUCUCGUAUGUAUUUCCGUAAUGUAUCUGUGGCCAAUUAAUAACUUUUUAAACAUGUGUAAAAAAUAUAUUUCUUUAAAUUAUGGCCCUAAAUUUACACAUUUAAUAAAUAUUAAAAAAAUAGAAACAGCUUAAUCUUUAAAAUUCAAGCCUAAUUAUAAAAGCACUCGUUUAAAUCGCGACCUCCUCUUACAAAUUUCAAUACCAGUCUCGUCUUGUCAAGUGACCUUUUAAGAUAUCAACAGGAAAUACAUUUUUUCUAAUACGAGGAACUCCUAAUACCGAUAAAGCGAUAUUAAGUGCCUCAAGAAACACCUAAUUGGCUCAGAUAUUGUAAUACUAGAUACGAUACGCGUAGCGAGUUCCAUGAAAAAUCUUCAGCUAUGCUUUGCAAUCAUUUUCUUUUAAUUCGUUUCACAUGGGGAGACGUGACUUUUAAAUACAGUACUGACAUGUCGAGAGAUGUCUCAUGGACCACAUCGAUCGAGGCUUGCGCGUUCGAGGGAUGCUGGCCAUAUUCUUCGGAUCUCCCAACCCCUGAUACGCCAACCCCGUAGUCUAUGUCGCGAUUAAGGGCUCGCGAUUAGGGAUUCGACGAUCGCGGUAGACCGUAGACGACCAUGCGGUGUCGUAGCCCACGUAGUUAGACGGUUUCGACCCUUUAUUUUCAAGUAUUUCCGUUCUUCGGACUUGCUGUUGCUGGACCCUUUUUUAAUUCAAGCCUUUCGUUACGCCUGGCAAGGAAAUUGGAAAAAAUACAAAAAAAAAACGGGACGAGACUCGCGCUGGAGGAAGUUGCGUCUGUCGUCGCACUGUUCAAACGCCGCUAAGUUUUCCUGAAUAUUUGCGGGACGAAUUUUAUUCGUCAUUCGAAGCAACGAAUUAAAUAAUGGCCAAUUUUCGCGGAUUCUACAUACCAUCCUUUGGGGCAACGAUAAACGUUGCUUGGGAAACAUUGAAAGCUAAAUGGCCAGAAAAUAGUCCGUGUAUGGAACUUAUUCGCGGUCCAGGUUCAGGUCAACGACAAACUCCAGGGCAAAGUGGACAUGCACAGUUCAAAUCGUUGGACGAAGGUCAUGAUAACACGGAAAUGAUAACUAUGAAUGGAGAUCAAGCAUACCGGGAGCAGAAUAAUGUAGGCAUCGCCGAGGACUCUUUCAGCUAUCAACGAAACGGGGACAAAAUUAGAACAGGAAGUGUCAGUAGCGGUGAAUUUAGCGAAUACGACGAAGGCGGUGGCGAAUUUGGUGGCUCAGGAGUAAAAAUUAAUGAAUGGCAAGCAGCAUGGAACGUUACAAAUGCUAUACAGGGUAUGUUCAUCGUAUCGUUGCCAUUCGCCGUAUUACGAGGUGGUUAUUGGGCCAUUGCUGCGAUGAUCGGUAUAGCUCAUAUCUGUUGUUAUACUGGCAAGAUACUCGUUGAAUGUUUAUAUGAAUUGGAUACCACGACUGGCCAACGCGUACGCGUACGAGAUUCGUAUGUAGCCAUUGCGAAAGAAUGUUUCGGACCAACGUGGGGUGCUAGAGCGGUGAAUAUCGCUCAGAUCAUCGAAUUACUUAUGACUUGUAUUUUAUACGUGGUCGUUUGUGGUGAUCUGAUGAUAGGCACGUUCCCCGAAGGCGCAAUCGAUACUAGGAGUUGGAUGAUGUUGAUCGGGAUAUUUUUACUACCUCUCGGUUUUCUCAAAUCCCUACAGCAUGUCUCAGUCCUUAGUUUUUGGUGUACGAUGUCUCACUUGUUCAUAAACGCCAUCAUUGUUGGCUACUGUCUUUUGGAAAUCGGUGAUUGGGGUUGGUCCAAGGUAAAAUGGAUGCCCGAUCUAAAGAAUUUUCCAAUCUCUCUUGGUGUGAUCGUGUUCAGUUAUACCUCGCAGAUAUUUUUACCUACGUUGGAGGGCAAUCUGAUCGAUCGAUCCAAGUUCGAUUGGAUGCUAAACUGGAGCCACAUCGCGGCCGCCGCGUUCAAAUCGCUCUUCGGUUGGAUCUGUUUUCUAACUUUCCAGAAUGACACACAGCAGGUGAUCACGAAUAAUUUACACUCGCCCAGUUUUAAGGGUCUGGUAAAUUUUUGCCUGGUCAUAAAAGCCGCACUCUCCUAUCCUUUGCCGUAUUACGCUGCCUGCGAACUUCUCGAGAGGGCGUUCUUUAGAGGCAGACCCAAAACGAUCUUCCCAACCAUAUGGACCGUAGAUCGCGAGUUGAAAGUGUGGGGUCUGGCGUGGCGAGUUGGCGUGAUCGUUUUCACCAUUCUUAUGGCGAUCUUCAUUCCCCAUUUCAGUAUUCUUAUGGGGUUCAUAGGCUCCUUUACCGGAACGAUGUUAUCAUUUAUAUGGCCGUGUUAUUUUCAUUUAAAGCUAAAGAGAAACUCCAUGGAAUGGAGCGCAGUCGCGUACGAUUGUUUCGUAAUCUUUCUCGGUGUACUCUUCGGUGUAAUCGGAGUAUACGAUUCAGGUUCUGCCUUGAUUAAUGCCUUUGAAAUCGGUCUGCCGUUUUGAACAAUCACACGUGUGAUUCAACUCCCUCGAUCUCCGUUUGUUUCUCCAACGGAAAUAGAAACAUGUAAGACGAAGAAAUACGUGUAGAUAUACUGCUCAAGGGAAUCAAAUUUUAUGACACAUGUAUCGAAUAUGCACUGUACGAUAAUAUUCGUAUCGCUUUUAACGACUGCAGUGCAAUCCGCUUACGUAUUCCCUUGAGAACAUGACGGCGUCUAUAUUUUUGCUGGUUUCGAACGUUUUUUAACGUUAAUCGUACGAAAUAAUAAAAAAAAAGAUUCUAGUUGUGUGUCAUCGACUAGGGAGAUUCUAUGAAAAAGAAAAAUGUAUAUCUCUUCGAUUGUUUGAAUAGAUAUAACAUACAGAUUUGUUUAAUCGAAAAGGUUCGAGACAUUUUGAGAUUGUAUAUUUAUAUUCAACCAGAACUCACACAUAUCUAGCAGAUGAUCUAUUUAAGGCGAGAAAAUCUAGUAGAGAAGAAAAAAUGAAUUUAUUCGCGUAUACAUUUUGGCUUCGACAUGUGUCCUAUCAUCUUCGUUUGGGUUUAUGUCUUCCUUCUCCUUGACAAAAAUCGUCGACAUUCAGGGGCUUUCUAGGCAACAUUUAGACUAUUUAGAGCGCAGUAAACGUAACAAUAUAUUGCUGGUUGUAAGUGAUCGAUGUCUUCCACAAUACGUUUACAAGCGAAACACACGGUGAAUAUUGUACGUACAAGUUAACUACUGUUACGCAGAUUUCGGGAUUUUAUAAUUACAUUGCGGAUCUUGUAAUUUCUAUCUACACGUUGACUACGCGCCGCGCCGAGGAGGCGUUGUUCGUUGUUAAAUUUACAAUUAGAGGUAUUUAGUCGGCGGAACGUGUAAAACCGAGAAUAACAACGUUUCUCAUUACGAUUACUUCAGGAUCUUAGCUGCCAACACGUUAACAACAAAUUAGUCUAUUCUAACGUCUCCUCGUCGUGGAAGCGAAUGCAAAUAUGUAACCAGUUAUGUACGGAUGAGUACAAUUAGUUAUAAUAAUCCAAUGUCUUCCAAGGCCUUUGCAGGCCGCAUAGAUCACACUUAAUUUAAGCAAUACGAAUGUAGCUGAUACAGUAGUUCGGUGCUGCGAGAUGUUCUUCAAUUCAAUUGUAUCGUUAAAUUGACUCAAAUACUGGGUACUUAGUUUCCGAGAUCUAUACGAGUCGAGAUCUAUACAAUUAUUACUGUUUGAGCUACUUCUCCGAAUGUCCGCCAGCAAUUUUGUCCGAACGUUUCGCUAGCAUUAUAAUUAGCUUCUUAAUAAGUGUACCAGUUGAUCCCCGAGGAAAAGGCUAAUUUAGGGAUUAUCUAAUUCACUUAUAUACAUCUAGAAGCCACAUACAGCAAUAAUUGUUGUAUGCAUCUUAGUGCAAUCUUAGUUUUUAUUACGUGAAAAUAUUUUAUGUUUCUCGACUUCAUUCUUGGUUAAUGUUAUAACUACACUUGUUCGUAAUGAAAGUGUAUGGUAAUUGUUGAAAAUAUUGCGCGGUUAUAAUUAAGAGACCAUAAGAUACAUAUAAAAAUUGGGCUUUUAUUAUCGAGUAGAUGUUUUACAACCAAAGGAAUACAGCCGCCUACCGGUAAUCGCACUUUCAUAUAAUCACGACCUUAAAACGAAUAAAAGAUAUCAGAAUAAUAUUAAUAUCAUUAUUACAUGAUCGGCUAUCGUAAAAAUAAUAUUAAUGUUGUUAUUUAGAAAGAUUAACAGUUCCACUCGGUAUUCUGUAACUUGUCAUUUUUUUAAUCUAGAUAUCAAAUCUAAGGGAAAAAGGGAUAGGAGCAUCUCGCAGUCACAAUACGUUAUUUAAAUGAGAUACGAUAAUAUUCAUGAAACGAGUCUUCCAAUGAUGUCUUCCAAGAUGAUAAUAAUAAUUAAUGUAAUACGAUCUAUUGAUCGAACGAAACCUUUGUCAAUGAUAUUAAACGUUAUAUUGUGAGUUAUAGAAGUUAAGCGUUAAUUAUUAAGGCUAUGAUCAAAUUUAAUGUAUAAGUGAAAUCGUCUGCAAAUUAUUUCAACUGGUAUUUUCCGUUCUUGAGGAAUCGUUCCCUUCUUUACAUUAUCAACGUAAAUAAAUGAUAAAAAAAAGUCAACGCAAGAUUGAUAAAUUACAUAUAAUAUUGCCUUGUUACCUAAAAAGAUGUAUAAUGUAUAUGUAUACAUAGCAUCGAUCUUUUAUUUUAAGAAGUAUAACAAAGCUUUGAUUAUAAUUGUCGACCAAAAAAAAUAGACAUUAAAUAAAAUUAGACAGAAUGUCGUGCAUGAAGAUUACAAUGAUUACAAAAGGAAGUUUCUAUUUCAAAGACUAUAGUUAAAAAGAGGUUUGAAUAAUUAUUAUUCACCUUUGUGAGUACAACAUUUUCAAAAAAUAAUACAUACGUUAUAAAGAACAAUAAACAAAACUACACAUGUUUCAAUGUAAUCGAUAAAUUUUUUUCCAACGGACCUUUAAUUGAUACAAUCCUUAAACAGACAAUAGAUAUACAUGUACUUAUGAUACGGUAUUGUUUAUCAAUCUUACAUGUGCAUUAAUAUUAUUUGAAUCUGGCUCAAUUUAUAGAACUCGAUUCAAAACGAUAUAAAAAUGUUGGAUUGCAAUGUACGAAAUGUUCGUUUCUAAGUUGAAAUAAAAGCGCUUCUUUUUGACAACAUAAUUUUAUUAAUAAACAGUAUUUAUCAAUAACAAUAUAUAAUAUUCAUGUGCAGUAUUUAUUUUUAUUUCCAUUUUUUAUACAAAAUUCUUUUCAAGUAUCAUGACAUUAAAAAAUGUCAAGCUCCUUUUGUGUGACAUUGAAAUUCCCGUAAUAUUCUUUGCAAAACUUUAAUCAACACUAUGAAAACUAACAGUGCAUGCAUAAAAAUAUGUAAUACAUUUUUAAACAUAUAUCUAUAUAAUAUAUUCCCAGGGAUUACGUUCGUGUAUAAAUUUGUAAAUUUAUAACGAUCGCAAUAUUUUAUCAAGAAAUAAUAACCAAGAUUUAAAAAGUAUUCACAUUUUUUGGUUCGAUUCAUAAUUUAUGUACCUACAUAUUCUACUAAAAAAAAAUU